CAGAACUUCACAUCAAAUUCUAAUCGCAACGACUUUCACUCUACCAGCCAAGGGCGGCUUUAAUCUACGCAUCGAGAAUACGAGGUUUCCAGGAUUCCGGGUACCAUUCUUUGCCAACACAUUUUUUCGAAAUCGAGACCCGCCAGACGCCUAGAAAAACAACGCAGAAGAGCAUCGAGACGCCCAAUACCUUUGCUUAUUUUACCGAACCACAAUCAAGCUUUCAAUUGGGCACUUCGAAUUCUAGAGGAGCCGAAAUCUGAAAACAGCAAAAUGCCGAGCUCCUGCAAAGAUAUCCGUUCGUCUUCUCGCCACACUCCCGCCACCAAACACCCUCCCAACCCCCCAAUCCGUCAACACCCACUAACUCAGACCGCACCACAGGCGAAGCCCUAGCACAAUGUCUCCAAAACUCAGACUGCAUAAUGAUUCAACGCAACACACCUUCCGACUGUCUUCGAUCCCCCCUCCUCGAAACAAUGCCUACGCAAUGUCAACAACUGAAAAAAGGCCUGGGCGAAUGCAAACGCGGAAUGGUGGAUAUGCGCAAGAGAUUUAGAGGCAACCAGCCGAUCGCUGUGAGUAAAGAGAUAGAGGGGCAGAAACCGGGUGGGCAGUUGUAUGCGGGGAAGGCCGCGUUCUCGAGUACGGCGAAAGAGACCUCGGGUAAUGAACCGGUAGAGAGGGAUUGGAGGGAGGUGGAGAAUGAGAGGUUUAGGAAGGAACAGGGACUUUGAUGGGUUAUGAAAGAGAUGAGGAAUUGAUGGAAUAUAUGAUUUACAUGAGGGUUGGGAUUGCAUUGCUGGCG